CGGCGGCGGCGUGGGGAGCGCGGGGAGCGCUGGGAACCGUGGCGGCGCGCGGGGACCUGAGUUUUUAAAAAUGGAAUUUCAAGCAGUUGUAAUGGCAGUUGGAGGGGGAUCGCGAAUGACAGACCUGACUUCCAGUAUUCCCAAACCUCUGCUUCCAGUCGGCAACAAACCUUUAAUUUGGUACCCACUGAACCUGCUUGAGCGUGUUGGAUUUGAAGAAGUCAUUGUCAUUACAACCAAGGAAGUCCAAAAGGCUUUGUGCACAGACUUCAACAAGAUGAAAAUGAAGCUAGAUAUUGUGUGUAUUCCUGAUGAAGCUGACAUGGGAACUGCGGAUUCUCUGCGCCACAUAUAUCAGAAACUUAAGACAGAUGUAUUGGUCCUGAGCUGUGAUCUGAUAACAGAUGUUGCCUUACAUGAGGUUGUGGACCUAUUCAGAGCUCAUGAUGCAUCACUUGCCAUGUUAAUGAGAAAAGGUCAAGAAAGCUUAGAACCAGUUCCAGGUCAAAAGGGGAAAAAAAAAGCAGUGGAGCAGCGUGACUUCGUUGGAGUGGACAGCACAGGCAAGAGGCUGCUCUUCAUGGCUAAUGAAGCAGACUUGGAUGAGGAGCUGAUCAUUAAGGGAUCCAUCCUACAGAAGCACCCAAGAAUACGUUUCCACACAGGCCUUGUGGAUGCCCACCUCUACUGCUUGAAAAAAUACAUUGUGGACUUCCUAAUGGAAAAUAAGUCAAUCACUUCCAUUCGGAGUGAACUGAUUCCAUACCUAGUAAGAAAGCAGUUCUCCUCAGCUUCAUCACAACAAGGACAAGAAGAAAAAGAAGAAGAUCUAAAGAAAAAGGAGCUGAAAUCCUUAGAUAUUUACAGUUUUAUAAAAGAAGCCAAUACACUGACCCUUGCUCCCUAUGAUGCCUGCUGGAACGCCUGUCGAGGAGACAGCUGGGAAGGUUUGUCCAGAUCACAGGUGCGCUGCUAUGUCCACAUCAUGAAAGAGGGGCUUUGCUCUCGAGUAAGCACCCUAGGACUCUACAUGGAAGCCAACAGACAGGUGUCCAAAUUGCUACCUGUUAUCUGUCCAGAAGAAUCACUGAUUCACUCAUCAGCCCAGAUUGUCAGUAAACACAUGGUUGGAGCUGACAGCCUCAUUGGGCCAGAUACACAGGUUGGAGAGAAGUCAUCCAUUAAGCAUUCGGUCAUUGGUUCAUCGUGUGUCAUAAGAGAUAGAGUGACUGUCACCAAUUGUCUUCUCAUGAACUCAGUUACCGUGGAGGAAGGAAGCAACAUCCAGAGCAGCGUCAUCUGCAACAACGCUGUAAUUGAGAAGGGAGCAGACAUCAAGAACUGCCUAAUUGGAAGCAACCAGAGGAUUGAAGCCAAAGCCAAACGAGUGAACGAGGUGAUCGUGGAGCUCAUGGAGAUCUGAGUUCUGAGCAAGUCAGAUUCCUUCCUUUUGGGCCCCAGAACUACAGAUGUUGGCUGGCCCACCUGUUUGACUCUGUAUUUAUUUCCCAAUAAAAGAAGGGCUCCCAAAGGCA